AUCAAUUAUAUGAAUCACACAAACUAUCAGGUCCGCAACGUAAAAUUAUCCUUAAUGAGGACAAUAAACUCCGUUCAAGAUUGGCUUUUGGAACGAUUAAAAACAAAAAUGGCAUAUAUAUGCCAACUGCAAAGAAUAUGCUCGAAAUGAUAUGGAGUGAGAACCUAGAAAAGUGUGGGUUCAGUCUGGAAAUUCCCGAUGAAGGAUGUGUUACAACGAAAAAUGCCGUCGGUUUGAAUAUCUUUGGUUACAUAUCGCGUGGAGAUGAUAAUCUUGAAAGUAAUGCUAUGUCAAGUUCUAUGAUAAAAUCAUAA